AUGUUCCAAGCCAUAGAAUAUCCGAAAGAAAUGGAAUUUCAAGGUCAUAUCAAGAACGACACUUGGAAUGUUGUCCACGAAUUGUACGACUUCAUCAACAACAGUACAGUGAUUGAAGAAGCCGAAGUGAAAAGUAAAGCUCAUCGUUUGCUCAAACAUUAUGAAAAAUUGCUGGUAGAAGCUGUGAAUUUUGAAGGUUAUGAUGAACAUGACGAUACUCGACCCACGUAUCAAUGGACGUUUUCGGGAGCAUUACUGUAUUCCAUUACAGUGUUCACCACCAUAGGGUAUGGGCAUAUUUGCCCAAAGACAGAUACUGGUCGCUUGAUGACGAUCAUAUACGCCAUGAUCGGUAUACCAUUGAUGUUAUUGUGCCUUGCAAAUAUUGCUGAAACCCUUGCGCAGGUAUUUUUGUAUUUUACAACUUUAUUCCUUCUAUUUCUUUUAUCAGUAGUAUAAUC